UCACCAUUCUAAACCCGACACGUUCUCUCAAAAUCAACCAUUUCUUUAUUUUCCCCCAAAUCUCUCAGAAAGCAACCGUACAAAUACUAAAAACAUCAAAAUUCCAUUUCCCCACUCACUGCAGGCACCGUUAUUCGGUUCAUUUACUGCAUAAAUCCACUUGCACUUUCAGAUCUUUUGCUUGUUGCUCGCUCUAGAGUGUUCUGAGGAGGAAGAGGUGAUGAAGAUUCAGUGUAACGUUUGUGAGGUUGCGGAGGCGAACGUUUUGUGCUGCGCCGAUGAGGCGGCGCUGUGCUGGUCAUGUGAUGAGAAGGUUCAUGCUGCUAAUAAGCUUGCUAGUAAGCACCAGAGAGUUCCUCUCUCUGGUUCUUCUUCAUCUAUGCCUAUGUGUGACAUCUGCCAGGAAACAGUUGGCUAUUUCUUUUGUCUCGAGGAUCGGGCUUUACUUUGUCGAAAAUGUGAUAUUGCCAUUCACACAGCUAAUCCUCAUGUUGCAGCUCACCAAAGAUUUUUGCUGACUGGAGUGAAAGUAGGGCUUGAACCUAUAGAUCCUGGUGGUGCAUCAUCCUCAGGGAUGUCACAGUCCAUUCUGAAAGUUUCUGAGCCAGAGUCUGCUCCACUUUCUAAACGAAAUGCCCCAGUAUUGUUGGAUGCUCAAUUUAACAAAGUAUUACCUCCCCAGACUAGUGGGGUUGGAGAUUUUGCUCCUAUUAAGUCUCCGUUUGCUGGAGGUUCUGCAGCUGGAAGUAUGCCGCAAUGGCAGUUCGAUGAAUUUAUUGGUCUGAGUGAUUUCAAUCAGAAUUAUGGAUACAUGGAUGAUGGAUUAUCUAAGGCGGAUAAUGGCAAGCUUGGUGGAGAGUCAGACUCUUCAUCAAUCUUAAGAGUUGAAGAUGAAGAAGUAGAUGGUGAUGAGUGCUUGGGUCAGGUGCCAGACACAUCUUGGGCAGUGCCACAAGUUCCUUCCCCACCUACGGCCUCUGGACUUUACUGGCCCAAAACCUACCAGAAUCCAUUCGACUCUGCAGUGUUUGUGCCUGACAUUAGUUACUCCCCUUCAUCGAGCCUUAAACAGCAACCUCCAAGUGGUACUCAUCUGAAACGAAGAAGGCAGUGUUAAUGCAUUUACUUUAAUCUUUUUCACUCACGUUAGUGAUAGGUAAUGCAGAUCCCUAAGCUGUUCGCUCACGUUAGUGAUAGGUGUUUCAGAUCCCUAAGCUGUUCACUAACGUUAGUGAUAGGUGUUUAGAUAGAGCAGUGUGUGGUAGUUGAAAUUAUUUGAGUAAUGAGUAGUGUGUGUUUCUCCUUUAAUUUGUAAGUAAUCUGCACUGUCUGCUGCAGUUACAUCAAAGUGUAUUAAUUCUACUUCAAUGCCCAGAAGUUGUACAAGAAAUGAGGUUGUGUAAACCGAAUUCCGACAAUUUGGAACCAGCCAUUGUAUCAUCUUAAUUUACCUUUCUUUCACUUUUUCUUCUAGUCGACUCAAAAUUGCAUUGUCAG